AUGGACCAAACUAUAGCUCUCUACUUCCUCCCAACAAUUCUCUUGGUCGUCAUAAUUUCCAAGCUCCUAAUCUCAUCCAAAAACAAACGACAUGAUGAACACACUAGCCUCCCUCCCAGCCCGCCGUCGCUGCCAAUCAUCGGCCACCUCCAUCUCCUGAAGGAACCAAUCCACAGAACCCUACAAACCCUCUCCCAACAGUACGGCCCAAUCUACCUCCUCUCCCUCGGCGUCCGCAAACUCGUCGUCGUCUCCUCCCCGUCGCUAGCCGAGGAGUGCUUCAACAAGAACGACGUCGUCCUCGCCAACCGGCCCAACAUGGUAGCCGGCCGAAUCCUCAACUACAACUACACCACCGUCGGGGCGGCACCCUACGGCCCGCUCUGGCGCAACCUCCGCCGCCUCACCGCCGUCGAGCUCCUCUCCACCGCCCGCCUCAACUCCUCCCUCGCCCUACGUCACGAUGAGGUCAGGCAUCUGGUCCGCGGCCUGUUUGACAAGGUUUCGGGUGCCGGGUCGGGUUACGGGGAGGUGGUGGAGAUGAAGUCGCGGCUUUCGGGUCUCUCGUUGAACAUAGUGAUGAGGAUGGUCGCCGGGAAGAGGUAUUUUGGGUCUGCGUCGGCGGAGGAAGGAGGAGGCGGCGAGGGGUUUCAGGAGGUGAUAAGCGAGGUGUUCGAGCUGAGCGGUGCGUCGAAUCCGGGGGAUUUCUUGCCGGUGCUGAGGUGGAUUGGCUACGGCGGGAUGGAGAAGAGGAUGUGGAGGGUUCUGGCGAAAUUCGACGCCGUUUUCCAGGGUUUGAUCGACGAGCGGCGGAAGGAUAAGAGCGCCGAGCAGAAGACGAUGAUCGAUACUUUCUUGGAUUUGCAGAAAUCGGAUCCUCAAACUUAUUCCGACGAUAUUAUCAAAGGUCAGGUCAUGACAAUGAUAACGGCUGGUACAGACACAUCUGCAACAACAAUAGAGUGGGCAAUGUCACUCUUACUUAAUCACCCGAACAUUCUCAAUAAGGCAAGAGCAGAGUUAGACGAUGUGGUUGGUAACAAUCGAUUGGUAGAGGAAUCGGAUUACGCCAAACUUCCUUACCUGCAAAACAUCAUCAACGAGACACUUCGACUGUAUCCAGCGGCACCUCUGCUAGUACCGCACUACUCCUCGGAGGACUGCACGAUCGGAGGUUACCACAUUCCUAAAGGGACGAUGUUAAUGGCCAACGCAUGGGCAAUUCAAAGGGACCCUAGCGUGUGGGACGAGCCGACGACGUUUCGGCCGGAGAGGCACGAGGGCAAGGAGGCGGAUGCGUACAAAUUGUUACCGUUUGGCAUGGGAAGAAGAUCGUGUCCCGGUACUGGGCUUGCGAAUAGAGUUGUGAGUUUGGCGUUGGGUGCGUUGAUUCAAUGCUUCGAGUGGACAAGGGUUGGUGAAGGGUUGAUAGACAUGUCGGAGGGGAAGGGACUCACAAUGCCUAAGGUUGAACCUCUGGUAGCUUUAUGCAAAGCUCGUGAGUGCAUGAAAGAUGUUCUGGUGACUGCAUGAGUAAUAUGUAAUCGUGACAAAUAUGAUGGUCUGGUGUAGAUUAUAUGGAGAAUUAUUGCAAGUUGGCUGCUCUUAAUUAUGAAUAAGAUAUUUUCGGGUAAUUAUGAA